UAUUGUAAAAGGUAGUAGAAAAGGAGAAUUCCUCCUAAAAUCCAUUAUCAUAUUUACAUUUUUAACUGUUCAGCUCCAGAUUGUUCUGGCUGCACCACAGGACCAGUUGUUCAACCUCCUGUCUGUAUGCAGACUCAUCAUGGUCUCAGAUGAGGCCAAUGAUUAUUAUAUCAUUGAUAGGACCAAUAUAUUAUAUCAUUCAUAUGACCAAUAUAUUAAAUUAUGCCUUGCAAAUUUUUCUCCUCCAGCAUAGAUUUAACAGUAUCUCAUCUUUUUCUUGUUGUUCCAGGAGACAAAGAUGGCAGCAAAGUGACUACAGUAGUAGCAACUCCAGGACAAGGUCCAGAUAGGCCCCAAGAAGUUAGUUAUACAGACACUAAAGUGAUCGGGAAUGGAUCUUUUGGUGUUGUUUAUCAAGCCAAACUCUGUGACUCAGGAGAGCUGGUUGCCAUUAAAAAAGUUCUGCAAGACAAGAGAUUUAAGAAUCGAGAGCUUCAAAUCAUGAGAAAGCUUGAUCAUUGUAACAUUGUCAGAUUACGUUAUUUCUUUUACUCCAGUGGAGAGAAGAAAGAUGAGGUAUAUCUUAAUUUGGUGUUGGACUAUGUUCCUGAGACAGUAUACAGAGUGGCAAGGCAUUAUAGUAGAGCCAAACAGACACUCCCCAUGAUAUUUGUGAAGUUGUAUAUGUAUCAAUUAUUCCGAAGUUUAGCUUAUAUCCAUUCCUUUGGAAUAUGUCAUCGGGAUAUAAAACCACAGAAUCUUUUGUUGGACCCUGACACAGCUGUUCUAAAACUUUGUGAUUUUGGAAGUGCAAAGCAGCUAGUUCGUGGAGAGCCUAAUGUCUCUUACAUCUGCUCUCGAUAUUAUAGAGCACCAGAGUUAAUUUUUGGAGCCACAGAUUAUACUUCUAGUAUAGAUGUUUGGUCAGCAGGUUGUGUAUUGGCAGAAUUAUUAUUAGGACAACCAAUUUUCCCAGGAGAUAGUGGUGUAGAUCAGUUGGUGGAAAUAAUUAAGGUCCUUGGAACUCCCACAAGAGAACAAAUUAGAGAAAUGAAUCCAAACUACACAGAAUUUAAAUUUCCUCAGAUUAAAGCACAUCCAUGGACUAAGGACUCGUCAGGAACAGGACAUUUCACCUCAGGAGUACGGGUCUUCCGACCCCGCACUCCACCAGAAGCAAUAGCUCUAUGUAGCCGCCUGUUGGAAUAUACCCCAACUGCCCGCCUGACUCCACUGGAAGCAUGUGCACAUUCUUUCUUUGAUGAAUUACGGGACCCAAACAUCAAAUUGCCAAGUGGUCGAGAGAAACCUGCACUCUUUAACUUUACUACUCAAGAAUUGUCAAGCAAUCCAUCUCUGGCUUCAAUCCUCAUACCUGCUCAUGCUCGAAAUCAAGCUGCUGUUUCAACUCCUACCAAUACUCCAGCAGCCUCAGAUGCCAGUGCAGGUGAUCGAGUUCAGAUCAAUAAUGUAGCUUCAACAUCAGCUUCCAACUCCACCUGAAAUGAUCUCAAGCAGCAGCUUGUACAGGAACAAUUACCAGUAAUUUUGAGUCUUACUCAGCAAUACUGGUCACGUUUGGAAAGAAAAUGU